AUGGCUCUACUCAGUCUGCCCACCUUCCUGGUGGCUUGUGUGGCUUUCCUGCUGUUCAUCUUUGUGUGGAGAAGAGAAGGCACUCAUGGGCUUUUGCUCCCUCCUGGUCCUCCUCCUCUUCCCAUCAUUGGGAAUAUCCUGCAGGUGAACCUUUGGGACCUGCCCACCUCUCUCUCCAGGCUGGCUGAGCAGUAUGGCCCUGUGUACUCACUGCGUCUGGGCCCCCAUCCAAUCAUCGUGCUACAUGGACACGAGGCUGUGAAGGAUGCCCUGUGCGGUCAGGCGGUCAACUUUGGAGGCAGAGGGAGGUUCCCCAUCAUGGAUAAUGCCCUCAGAGGAUACGGGAUUGUUUUCAGUCACAGCCAGCGGUGGAAGCAACUGCGUCGGUUUACUCUCAUGAUCCUGCGGAACCUUGGGAUGGGGAAGAGAAGCAUGGAGGACCACAUCCAGGAAGAAGCCCAACACCUGGUGCAGGCCCUCACACAGACAGAGGCUCAGCCUGUGGACCCUACUUUCAUCCUCGCUUGUGCUCCCUGCAACAUAAUCAGCUCCAUCCUCUUUAAGGAGCACUUCGACUACCAAGAUGAGGAAUUCCUGCAGCUGAUUAUGUUGCUGAAUGAAAACUUUUCCAUAGUGAGCUCCUUCUGGGCGCAGCUCUACAAUUUGUGGCCAUCGUUCAUUCACUAUCUUCCUGGGCGACACCAGAAAUUUUUUAAAAACGUUCAGAAUAUAAUAAAUUUCAUUUUGGAGAGAGUGGCACAGCAUCAAGGGACUCUGAAGCCUGAGCAGCCCCAGGAUUACACCGACUGCUUCCUCAACAGGAUGGAGGAGGAAAAACACAAUCCAUAUUCUGAAUUUAAUUCAGAGAACCUAGUAGCUGUUGGCUUUAAUCUGUUCAGCGCUGGCACCGAGACAGUCACCAGCACCCUGCGGCUAGCACUGCUGAUCCUGCUGAAACACCCAGAGGUGGAGAGUAGAGUUCACGAGGAAAUCGACAAAGUGGUGGGCCGGGACCGGGUCCCCUGCAUGAGCGACAGGGCCCAGAUGCCCUACACAGAUGCCGUGGUGCAUGAGGUCCAGAGGUACAUCAAUCUCAUUCCCUCCAAUCUGCCUCAUGCUGUGAUUCAGGACACCAAGUUUAGACAGUUCUUCAUUCCUAAGGGCACAACUGUGUUCCCAUUGCUCUCUUCUGUGUUGUAUGACAGUAAAGAGUUUACAAACCCACAAAGGUUUGAUCCGAACCAUUUUCUGGAUAAAAAUGGCAGCUUUCGGAAGAGUGACUUCUUCAUCCCCUUCUCUAUUGGAAAACGGGCAUGUCUUGGAGAAGGUCUUGCUCGAAUGGAGAUAUUUUUAUUCCUGACCACCAUUCUGCAAAAUUUUACCUUAAAGCCUGUUGUUGAUGAAAAGGAACUGAGCACUGACCCAAUGUUUAAUGGAUUCUUGAGCAUUCGUCAGUCUUUCAAGCUCUGCUUCUUACCCAGAUUGAAAUAAAAAACAAACAAGAGGAAGGCA